AUGCAACAUCAUGCGCCUCCCCUGGUUCCUCCGUUACUGUACCUCGAAGUUGUCUCUAACCUCGCUGCUAAAAGCAUAGAUGGAAGCAUUACAAUCUGGAACCCAAUAAUAACCCCGCCACCCCAGCUGCAACUAGAAAAGCCCGCUAAAGCCAGGCCGCUGCCGGCUCAGAUUCCGACAAUCCGACCAUUACCCCUAGGCCCGCCCCUAAACCGCCUUUGCACUGGCUCGACCAACACCCAAACACCAUAUUACAGUAGUGCUAGACUUGAAGAAUUAUUCCUCGUUUAUAUCAACGAGCCGGGCUUUGGCAGGUCUACCACGGAAUCCUGCCAGCUGAUUGUUUGCAAUCUUGGAAAUGCCGAAGCAGUCCGCCGGUCUGUUAUUGACGAGGCCAAAAGCGGUGCGCUUCUUGUUGAAUUGCUGAUUUGCGCUUCUCCAUCCCGGCAGCGGAGUUCAAUCGCUGCUAGAAAUGGUCUCCAGCUCUCACCGAGGCCAGCGGGCCCGAGCCUGCCAGAAUUGCAGCCGCUAACUGAAUCAAUCGUGGAUAAAGGAGGAAAAAGAGAUGCAGUGGAACGAGGCCGCAGUGUUCUCUGUGCACUCAAAGCGGGACAAAUUGCGUCUAUCCUUCCUUCACCCAGAAGCCUGGCCCAAGAAAGGGAUACAAGAAAGAAACAUCCACGAAUGAUAAUACAAAUGAGCUGCAAGCGCCCCAAGAAACACAGCCUUCAGGCUCAAAACACCAGGACGUAUUGAAUGGCGAAUGGGGGGAAGGAUGGACUCCAAAUACCUCGGAGCAGAUGGCUUGGUCUCAAUCCUCCUUCUCCGAGGACACAUUUGUGCCUUCUUUGCUCCUGGACCCGACGCUUGAGACCACAGCAUUAGCGUCGUGGAGCGAUUCUCCUGCAGAGUACUCUGUUCUUCCUCCCAGCACGCUCAUCAUUCAUCUAAUAGACGUCUUCUUUGACCAUGUCCAUCCGCAGAUACGUCUGCUUCACCAGCCGAGUUUUGUCGACUGGGUUGGAAGCGGCUCGUACGUGAUGGACGAGCACGCAACCCUGAUCCUGACAAGCAUGUUUUCUGUGGCGGCAAGAUACACCGAGCAUCCUGAAGUCGACCUCUUUGAUCGUAUGUUAUUGCGCCGGGCAUCCGCUAAUAGCGGCACGCCAGAGGAAGUCUACUACAAGAACCGCAAGCGAUGGGAACGCGGGAAAGGCUUCCUUAGUCAGGCAAACCGGCUCCUCAUAAGCGAAACCUCGAGAAUGGACAAGCUGGAGCCUGGAAACGGCGAGACACAGAGGCCUUCAAUUAGGGUCGUGCAAGCUGCCGCCAUCAUCACGUUUGCGCAAAUGGGAAUUGGGCUUAGCAGUCGAACGUAUUCCCUGUUGUCAACGGCGGUGCAAUUGGCCCAUGACUGUGGCCUGGAUCAGGUUGAUGGCAAUGAUGAAAUAAUUCUCACGCCGGGGGGCACCGAUUUCGACGCCUGCAAGUCUAUCUGGGCUAAGAAAGAGGAGCUACGGCGCACCUGGUGGGUUAUCGCCUAUCUAGAGAAUUUUGUAUGCGUUACAAAAGAGAGGCCGCGCAUGAUUGAUUGGGGGAAAUGCAAGACGAAGCUUCCUUGUGACGACAAGGAUUGGUUCCAAGGGCGUCAUUGUUCAUCAGAUUUCCUACCAGCGAGCCUCGACGACCUGCGAGCGUCUCUGACAGUAUCGCCUCAACUCUCGGUUCUGGCGUUUCGGCUCAGGACGAUGCAUCUUGGGGCGAAGAUGCUCGAAGCGGCCAUGAACAACGACAGUGAGCUUGAAUCACACAAUAUCCUUACCAAGAUUGAAGAGUGCGCUACGUUUUACAAGCAGAAUAUGCCCACAGAAUCGAAAACGGAAUAUGAUUGGCAGUACAAUGUCUCGACAGACUAUCUCCAUCUACGCUUAUUGCUCGAAUCGCAAGUCUCGACAUGCCCCAUCCCAGCAGACGCAAAACCCUCCGACAUCUUUGAAUACUGUCGCGAUUUGUCCCGCCAGCGACGGCAGGGCAGUAACAGUACUGCAUCGCCCGGUGCCAAGGCGUUUUCUCUGGCGCUGUCUGCAUCCGAGACCGUUUGCUCCAUUCUUCGCGAUUCGUCCGCCGAAGAUGUGGCUCGCUUGUGCCCCUACCUUGCCUACGUUCUAUGGGUGCCCGCAUGCCUCCAGUUACUCGUCAAGCUAUUCACUCGAGCCGAUCCAGAACUGGCGGAGAAGGCGUCGCUGUCCUUGCAAACCUUGAUCAUGACACUGGAACGAUUUGGGGAAUUCUCGGCCCUUGGCCAAUUCGUGCUGAGUUCUUUCCGGCGGUACGAAGAAAAGUUGACUGAUAUCCAGUGGACUGACGGCAAACCGAAUGACGACGACCGCUGGAUCGUAUCGCGUGUCUUGCGCUUUCCAGGUCACAUCGACGCUUCAUUUCUACAGGAGGCGAAUUCAAUCGACCAUUCAGAAGCCCCGAUAGAUCCUGCUCUCGCUCUUUACCAGCUACCCAACACACAGUCUAGUACAGAGGCAGAGAUUCUCCAAGGUGAAAUUGCAAGCGUUAACUAUCUCGCCGAAGACCCAAUCUGGAUAUGGCCAGAGGCCUACACUGAAUUCUAAUUCGCGACGCUGCUUCUGCAAGAUAUCGGACAUGUGUGAUAAAAUUAUACCAGUUACUUUGUACAGAUGAUCGUCUUGAACUUCUAGCAUGCGAGCCUCUAGACUACACUCCAUGUCGCCUGAACAUCUCCCGAUAGAUCGAGCUGCAUCAAGCACUCCUCAUUUUCGUCCAGUGCUCGACAAAUGACUUGUGCCUGCUCUUUAAUUCUCUUGGCCAGCGCUGGACGCAAUGCCCGGUAUCGUUCGUUCGUUCAUUCGUUUUGAGCCUGGGUGGGCUGAAGGAAAUUCUUGGACCAUGUUUUAUGGCGUAUUGGCUCGAAAGGUUGCCUUGUUGGCAUAUCUCAAUGGGAAAGAUUGUCAGAUUAGGAUCGGAAUCGUCUCAAAGGGUAGAAUACAAGAUAAAAUACAAGACGAACUCACUUUUAGAUCAC